AUGGAAGAAAUUCUUAAGAAAGACCAAUAUAAUUUUUCAGUCUUAGGCGAUAACGAUCAAUCCCUCCAACUUAUUUUAUUAGCAAACCAAAGUGUAUAUACACAAAUCCAAAAUAUCAUUUACGCCUCAGGAAAACUCUCUAUCAGAAAACUAAAGCAAAGUUGCUGAAAUAAAUUCACUCAAAUUUUUUCAUCAAAAACUAAUUUCAAUCAUCGGCUUAAAAACAGAAACGGAGCUGUAGAAUAUGUUGGUCUGAGUAAGCCAACAGGUGGAAAAAUAUUUGCUGUUAAUCCAGCAAUUAUUGGAGAUAUUUUAUGUGCUAGAUCAAAUAUUCCGUUUCUAAUAAAUUAAUUUAUAAAAAAUUUAAUUAUUUAUCUAACCAUUUUUAAUAAUAAAAAAUAUACAAUUUUAGCAUUUACAUCUGGGGUACAAAUACAAGAAAAAAGUGAUUUAAUGGUCUUUUUACAAAAAGAUAACUGAAAAGAAAUCUGUGGGGAAGGAAUUUUAUAUAUUCAGACAGCUGGAUUUUUGACUGAAAAAAGGCUGGGAGUUGAUGAAGAAAUUUCAGUUGCAUUUAAUUCACUUGUAGCUUUUUCAAAAGAUAUUAAAAUUACGCACUCAUCAACUCAAACAUCGUUCAGUAAUUUGUAUUUUUAUGACUGGGCAUUUGUAAAAAUAAAAGGCCCUGGAGUGAUAUAUAUGGAAUGCACAGGCUGGUCAAGAUUUGAAAGAGUUAAGCAGGUGAAGAAAUUGGAAAUUAUUUAUUUUUUGUUAAUUUUGAUGGCAGGAAUUAUUAUACUGAUGACUCCUUAUCGGAAGUAG